ACGGGAGCUGGACAGGUAUCUGGUCUCACUCCCUCCGCGCGCGCCUCUCGGUGUCAGCCUGCGCCGUGACUGACCGGAAACCGCCGCCGGUGCCCGGUUAAGCCCGCUAAAACGCUACUCUGACCGGAAGGUGACUGCCAGAAGCUUUUAUUUUAUUUUUUUAAUUUUCUGACUGGUUUGAGUCUCCAGGUGAGUCUCGCGACACCUGCCGCCGCCAUGACGGCGGUACCGACUCUCGGGUGAACGGCGGACUGUAAACAGGCUACUCUUCAACACCGGGGACCUGAGGCAGUCUGCACGGCGCCGACAUGGACCUACUGGACUCGGGACAGAAGUUCAGCCCCAGACAGGACCCAGAAUGGGACACGGCUCUGCAGUUCCUCCCGGCGUCGGACUCCAAAACUCUGGAGAAGAAGCCGGGUUACAGGAAGAAGGUCUGGGUGGGCGUCGGCCUGCUGGCGGCGGCCGCUGCGCUGGCGCUGCUCACCGGUCUGCUGGUGUGGCACUACCACUUACGCACUGAUCUCAGGGUCAAGAAGGUCUACAUCGGCUCCAUGGCGAUCAGUCAGCAUCCCUUCCAGCCCGCCUACGAGGACCCCGUCAGCCCCGAGUUCGCCAACAUGGCUGCCCUGGUGGGCCGGCAGCUCAAACUGAUUUACUCCAAAAACUCAGUGCUGGAUAAAUAUUUCAAGAGCUCCUCUGUGCAGGCCUUCAGUCAGGGUGACAGUGACGGCAGCAUGGUGGCGUACUACCAGUCCGAGUUCGACGUCCCCAUCCCGCAGCAGGCGUCUCUGGACCAGGCCAUGGAGACUCUGGAGCCGGCGGCCGAGGCCCAGCAGGCCGCGAAGACGCGACUGCUGCUGAAGCCGGUCAACCCUCUGCAAGUCAGCAACGUCACCUCAAGAGCCAUCGACCCACGUCUGACCAGGAGCUCCAUACUCGAGAAGGAGAUCUUCGACGUCCACGUCAGUGCGGUGGAUCAGGUUGAGUCUCCGGGGUUUCCAGACUCCUCGUACUCUCCCAAUGCGUACCUGCAGUGGAGACUCCGGGCCGACCCGGGUCACAGAGUCCGACUGGACUUCCACACGCUGAUCCUGGAGGACGACUGUCAGCAGGACUUCAUCAAGCUCUACGACUCUCUGGCCCCCAUCGAGCACCGUGCGCUCACCGAGCAGUGUGGAUACCCCCACCACUCGCUGUCCUUCCUGUCCUCGGGCACCGUCAUGCUGCUCACGCUGGUCACCAGCCAGGAGAGGAACUUCCCCGGUUUCAGAGCCAAAUGUUCUCAGGUCCCGCUGAAGGAGUUCUAUUGUGGAGGAAAACUGACGACAGACAAAGGCUCCUUCUCCUCACCGUUCUUCCCCUCCAACUACCCCCCUCAGACCUCCUGUGUGUGGAACAUCAAGGUCUCAACAGACAAGUUUGUGAAGAUUCAGUUCAGGAAGUUCUUUGUUGGAAAUGAAAGUGAGCAAUGUCUCAAGGAUUACGUCAAGGUCAACGGUCAAAGACUGUGUGGUCGAAAUUUAAAGAGCUCCGUGAUCACCAGCCAAAGCAACACCAUGACCGUGGAGUUUAAGUCGGACUCGUCCUACGUGGACCAGGGCUUCACGGCGGAGUAUGAGGCCUUCGUCCCGACCAACCCGUGUCCGGGAAGGUUCCAGUGCAGGAACAACCUGUGCAUCAACACGACUCUGGAGUGUGACGGAUACAGCGACUGUGGAGACGACAGCGACGAGGAAAACUGCCAGUGCCAGGAGGCUCAGGUGAAGUGUAAAAACGGACGCUGUAAACCCAAGUUCUGGAAGUGUGAUGGCUUCGACGACUGCGGAGACAAAACUGACGAAGACAACUGCGAUAAAUGUAAAGAAGGCGAGUUCUCCUGCAGAAACGGCCGCUGCGUCCCGCUGACGCUGAAGUGUGACGGAAACGACGACUGCUCCGACGGCUCAGACGAGUCCAGAUGUGAAAAGGCUCUGGUACUGCAGCAGUGCUCAGAGUUCACCUUCCUCUGCAAGAACGGCCGCUGCAUCAGCAAAGUGAACCCCGAGUGCGACGGAGAGGAGGACUGUGAGGACGGCUCCGACGAGGAAGAGUGUGAGUGCGGGAUGAGGCCGUACCGCAGCUCUCGGAUUGUGGGCGGUCAGGACUCCAGAGAGGGCGAGUGGCCGUGGCAGGUGAGCCUCCAGUUCUGGGGGCAGGGUCACGUGUGCGGGGCGUCGGUGCUGAGCCGCCGCUGGGUGAUGACCGCCGCCCACUGCGUGCAGGACAGGUACUCGCAGGCCGACCACUGGCAGGUGCUGCUGGGGCUGCACAUGCAGGGCCAGAUCAACGAGUGGACCGUGACCAGGAGCGUGAAGCGCAUCGUCGCCCACGGCGACUACAACCCCGUGACCUUCGACAACGACAUCGCCCUCAUGGAGCUGGACGCCGACGUGUCGCUCAACCAGAACAUCUGGCCCAUCUGCCUGCCCUCCUCCAGCUACGACUUCCCAGCAGGCCAAGAGGCAUGGAUCACAGGCUGGGGCAACACCAGGGAGGGAGGCGUUCGCGCCAGCGUCCUGCAGAAGGCGCAGGUUCGCAUCAUCAACAGCACCGUGUGCAAGAGUCUGAUGAGCGACGAGGUCACCGACAAGAUGCUGUGCGCCGGCGUGCUGAAGGGAGGCGUGGACGCCUGUCAGGGCGACUCGGGUGGGCCGCUGUCCGUCACCGGCCCCAGUGGGCGGGUCUUCCAGGCGGGCGUGGUGAGCUGGGGCGACGGCUGCGGCCGCAGGAACACGCCGGGCGUCUACACCCGGGUCAGCAGGUUCCGCGCCUGGAUCAAGCAGCACAGCGGAGUGUGAGAGCUCAGCAGCUCCUCCACCAACGAAACAUACCACAACGCCUUAAAAAAUGAAAGACGGACGUUCCCCCAGCACUUUUUUAUAGGAUGGACUGGCAAAACCCUGCAAGCUGCAACGUUUGAACCCGACGGUUUUGAGGAUUUUACUGCCUGCGAGGAUUUUUUUCUUCACUUGUUGCUUCUGAAGUUUCUCUUUAGAUCUUGAUGAGAAAGUGUGAGAGAGUGUGAGACUUAUCAGCUGUCGUUAGUCAUUUAAAAUGCUCAUACACACUGUCACUGUUUUGGAAACAUGUUUUUAAUUUCUCCUGUGUGUCCAUGUUUGACCUGCAGGCAGCGCCAUUCCUGCACACAAUGAGUUUGAAUUUUUAUGAUUGUUAAGCUUCUGUUUUGUUUGUUUGUUUGUCAAUUUUUCUAUGUAUUGAAGUGUUCGCAGCUGUUCUAGAGAUAUGAAGUGGACAGAUGCCACCCGUCAUCACCCACUCAGUCGGUGUUGUGCUGCUCCGCCUGCAGGUCAAACACAGACUAAACACACAGGAUUAAAACAGGGGAUUUUAUUCUAAGUGUCUGAUCAAUGCUGGGCUGUUUUAGUUUUUUUUAAUAAGUUCCUGAGUCAUGACUCAGCAGAAGACUUGGUGUUAUAUACUUGUGGUGGUUGUAUUUAUUUAAAGAGUGUUUGUGCUGCCCUCUUAAUAUGUUUGUUGGGUUUGUGAGUCAUAAAAAAAGACUUUCUCUCACUUUGCCCAGAGGAUUUUUUUGUUUCGUUCAAGGGGAAAAUGGAGGGUGCUAUGGCUGAUCUUUUUCAUGGUGUGUGUGUGCAUGUGUUUGUGUUUGUGUGUCUGUUCUAAUGUGAAAUGCAAUUACAUUUCUCAUGAACGUGCACCAUCAUUGAGAGGGACUCAGGGCAACAUGGUAACUAUGUCAAUGUAAAUAAGAGUGUAUUCACAUCUGUUGCGACCGAUUUGCACGGUAAUGACCUUAAGUGAAGAUGCUGAACUUUCAUUGUGUUCUAAGUGUCCUUUUACACGACAACGGUGGCCAGAGUCAGUGAAAACACCACUUUUAGAGAGUGGCUCCCAAGAUGGAACUUUUUGGAAAGUUUUCCAAAUCUGUUGUUAAAAUGUUGCCGAAUUACUUGCUGGAAACGCUCGGGCUCAGUCCCAAGGCGACGGCAGAAAUGCUCCAGGGUUGUAGUAAACAGCUCUUCUGCACACGCUGAGUGGAUGGACAGUAAGAACAUGGCUUACCUCCAGAGUGUCACAUGUUCUCCUGGGACUUGGUCGUCUGUCGAUACGAAUAUCUGUUUUCUCCCAUUGUUAAUGUGUAUUGUCUAUUUUUCUCUGCGUGUGUGUGUGUGUGUGUGGUACAUUAAAAGAUCAAACGACAAACUACAUCAACUCGUAGCUCGUAAACAAUAUAGUUACGUUGUUUUCUGUGUUUCUUCUGUUGCCAAGUGUUUGGACACAUCGUCAGAACUCUGACAUGUAAAAAGUGAAUGGUGAACUUCAGGCGGGUCUUUUGCAUCUGUUUUUACUCUCUGGGAACAGCUGACCUUUGGCUAAGCCCCGCCCCCCCUUAGUUACUGUUGGUAACUCAGACAUGUCAUUGCACCUGACUGCAGCUAGGUGGCUUAAAGAAGCUCAUGCUAGCAUUGUGUGGUUGAUAAUAAAUGACUAGAUUGUUAAGAUUAUACAAGACAUUAGCUAACCUUGGAAUAAAUGGAAUAAAAUAAACUCCAUUGCCGUUUCUUUCAGGAUACCUCAUGUCACCAGUGAAUGUUCCCCAAGAAACAUUUGUGCGUCUUAAAUGACUUAAAUACCCAAGAAAUCAAGACAAGCAGUUCUCUACGGACCGUUACACUGACAGUGUUUGUUCAAGUUCCAGGCAGUUGGUAGUUUGCAUUCGGGGGCGGGGCUUAGCCAAAGGUCAGUUUGGGAUUCAGGGUCUUGGGAGAUGGAAAAUCAAAUCUGCUUCCUUGCAAUGAAAAGGAGACCCAUUCACCUCACUGAACUGAAGAAGAUGGAGACUUGUUUGUAUUUUCUGUAGUUGAAAGUGUUUGCUGGGACACAGAUUCUUCUGUCUUCUUCCUCUUGGUGGUUCUUGGAGCUUUUUGUGUUUUUUUUU